CUGUGGAGGAUCUAUUGAUUGAAUUGUUUCGGGUUCGUUUUGUUUUAGGUUAAUACGACGUUGACGUUUGACAAUUUGUUUUGCUGAUUCUUUAGUAAUAUGCGAUGAAAUAGUUUUUGUUGUACCCGAUAUAGCUGCAUGGAAUAUUUGAAUUGGUUUUUCAACAUUUGAUGUUAAUGCUUGCUGUUUAAUAUUUUCUUUAAUUUUUUUUACUUCAAUAGCAAUUGGGUCCGCUGCGUGAGAGUGUUGAUCUUCUGAAUAUGUAGAAAACUCGUCGAUUUCGUGUUCCUCGUUCGAUGUUUCAACAGUACAAAUUUUUGCUCCACAUUUAGUUGAACAUGUCCAGUAAAAAACGUUUCGUUCAUCGCGUUUUCUUUUAUAAUUUUUAUUUAAUAUGUAUAAAAAAUUAUUUACACUUAAUACUUUACCUCUGUGUAUACUUUUUAUAACUUCUAUAGAACACAUUUUAUUCAAAUAAAAAGACAAAUUACAUAAAACGUAUUAAAUUCGCAACAAACUAAGCUUCAGUACAGACUACAAUCGCGUUUUCUUGUACACUAGACCACACCACAAUAGUCAUUACUAAUAAGCUAUAAGCUGUUAUCAAUCUAUUAUCUUUUAUCUUUAUAACUUUUAUUCAACGAUAUUAAUCGGGUACUUCGAUAAAAUUUACGUUUAAAAAUAAAAUAAUAAUAUUUCGUACAUACAACUUUUCGAACAUAUAUUUUUCGAACAAAUAAUUUUUCGAUUACAUUACUAUUCGAACAAAUAACUUUUCUAACACUCGUCAUUCGAAAACAUGGCCUUCGAACACAUGACAUUCGAAGACAUGACCCGCUCCCAUUGCAAUGCCUACUGAAGAGAAAUGUACCUAUAGCGAGUAAUACAUUUAAGAGGAUACCAUAAUUAUUUCAAAAAUACUUUUAAAUGGAUCAUUCUGUAUAUUCACUAAUGCAACAUCAUAAAACGUUAUUUUAUUUACAUUUUAGUGACGGAUGAAAAAGAUAUAUUAUAUCAGUCAGGUAAGUUGGCAUCCAUAAUGUCAAUGAAUGGAGAUAUUACAUAAUACUAGGCUGAAAAAUGAAAAUAACGAAUAUCAAUUGUUGUCGACCAAUAAACAAACUUCUCUCUUUAUCUACUAAACUUUAUCUUAUGCAUAAAUCCUUUUCUACUCUUCAAGCGAUUGUAUGAAGAUGAAUAUUUUAGCAUCCGUUCAAUAAAAACAGGCAUUCCUCAAUGCAGUAGAUACACCAAUCUUAUUGCCCUUAUAUUAUAUUCGACUGACCUAACACACUACAGGUGUGGGGAAGAUAAAUCAAUGAAAUAACAAUGACUCUCAUUUUUCCCGAGAUAUCGAAGAUACCGCUAGGAUAAUAAACCUGUUCCUUCUAGAAUUUCGCAAAAAAGCAAAAUCAUAAUUUAUGAUCUAUUGGCUCGUCCUUUAAUGGUCAAUUGCAUUCAACUUUGGGUUUAUACAAAGACAUCUAACUUAAAAAUAUUCCCAUCAUUCUAAUCUAAAAUUUUUCAAUUGCUAGUAAAUGCUCCUUAUUGAGACAAUAGCAAUAACCUUAAGAUCCAAACAUUUUUUUAUGUUUGCAUCCCAUUAUUCAUAUUACCAUACGGAGUUCCAUAAAAAUGUCCUUGAUCUCUCAAAUCCUCUUAUUUCCAAUAUUGUUUCCAAUACAUUAAUACAUUAUGCUUCUCUCACUCCACAGCUCUCUACUAUUGUAGGUACAACACACUUCCUCGCCGUUUAUAUAUAAAUAUAGAGGAUUCAUUUUCCUAUUUUAUGUUUAAAAAAAAACCGAAACGUGAUGAGAAGAAAACGAUUUUUGUUAGUCGUAUACAUUUUGUAAUUCAGCCUUCAACAAUUAUAGUAGGUAGGUAUUAGAUUUGCAUAGACGAUUAAAAUAUAUGUAAAUAUAAAAAAAAAUAAAAUAUGUACUACGAUAUUGUCUCAAGACUUAUAUAAUAUAUUCAACGACUUUAAGUCGUUUAACUUUAAUAUAGUAGGUAUACAUCCUUUUUCGGUUACCUCCAGAAUAUUAAGUUUUUUUUAAUUAAUUGAAUUGUAAGUCAAAUAAAAACAAAACGAGACAAUUCGUAACUUAAAAAUAUCAUCCAUACUAAGAGACGGUAAAUAUUAUAGGUAUUUAAUAAUAUUAUCAUUAUUAUUUUUUGUUUUUUUUUUCAUUCAAAUUGUUGAUGGGAUAAUAUACAAAAUGGAUGUUUCAAUUUAUUGUGACUACUCUUACAUUAAAUUCAGCUGAUGAUUGUGUUAUUUUCAAAUAAAUUUGCUCAUCAUUUUUAUAAGUUUACCUACGAUAAGUUUGAAAUAGUUACAAAAAAAAAACAACAAUUUAUGGUAAAUAUAAGAUGAAAUAAAUAAAAAUAAAAAGGCUGAUUAGACAGACUGCAGCAGAAGCCUCCCAGCGGAGGUACUAGGACAUAGUAGAGAAUUUUGUUAGGCUAGCAGGUCACGACACCACUGUCUUUUGUCUUUUAAUCGGGUUGCCUGGGAUGGAAGCAGAUGAUAGAUCGGAGAUUAGGGGAUUCUUAUGUUGUACUAGGCGGCUAUUGAAAUCUUUGUAGUAGGUUUUCGCUAGUUCGGAGACUAAUGGUAUUUUGAGAUCAGAGUGGAGGGUGUGGUUAUAGACAUAGAAUGAAGCUUUUAGAAUUGUACGUAGAAGUUUUGGCAGCACCCCGUAGUUGGAUCUCAUAAGUCCAAAUGGGCCUAAGAAGGAGUUUAGGUACUCAUUAAACUCUAUUCAUUUUUUUGAUUCUGAAAAGUACCUAUUUUAAUAUUAAAUUAAUAUCCAUCGCACAUGUCAAUACAUUAAUAUAUUUUUGAAAUUUAAGAUUUAAUUUAUUUCUAUUUAAAUAAUUUUUAAAUACACCAUCAUAAUAUUUUCAGCAUUGCCGAAUAGAUCAUGUGUAUUUUGAUUAUCAUAUUUAUUUGGCACUCAAACACAUUUUAAUUUUAAACAAAAUAAUGUUUAAAAUGUACGAUUGAAUGACAAAAAUGGGUUAAGACGGUACACAAUGUGAAGAUUUUAUAAAAAAGACAACAAUUCUACUUUUCAUCAAUUGAAUUUAUGCAGUAUUUUAAUAUUAUAUUUUUUUAUCGAUUUUCCAAUAACCUUAAAAUAUUUACUUACUAUGGAAUAAUGACCGCCACUUGUAAAAUGAUUUAACUCACAAUUGAUCGAACUCUUUUUGUUAUAUUUUAUUUGAUGUUCCUCAAACACUUUUAAGAAUUUAUCAUUUUAUAAAUGUUCCUAACCCAUCCUAAUUCUAAGGUAAAAAUGUUGUUGUCCUCACAAUUCCUGAAACCCCUCUAAGAUAUCUCGAACAGAAAUAGUGUAUUGAAUUUGCUAUUAAAUAUGAAAAAUGUAUAAUUUAUGUUCAAAAAAUAUUUUUUUUAAUUAUAAACCUUGGUCCAAACAAAAAGUAAGACAGUUGCCAAUCAUUAUGUUAAAAUGGUGUUUAGGAGGCAUACUGGUGGAAGGUGGCACCCUGCAUCACCAAAUCAACUUAAGAGCAUCGGGGCGAAUAAUAAUUACAAUGGAAAUAUUAUUUAUAAAAAUAAUUAUAAAAAUAGUAAUAAAAUAAUUUUGGAUGAUUGGUGUCAACGCAAAGGGCGUGACAGUUACCGCAUGGGAGUGGAUUGCAACGCCAUUAUAGUUCUGUUACAUUACCUAAUUCUUAUCUUUUGCAUCAUAAUCCUCACUCCACACUCACUACUCAGAAGCUUAAGAGUGUGUGUUUUUAUUAAUAAAAAUAACAAAAAACUACAAUUUUAUUCGUGCAUUUUAGAAUUCGUAUCUAAAUACUGUUCACAUAUGCACAAACUAAUGUUUGUAACUACUAGGAGUGAAGAAGAUAAUGAAUAUUAUAUACCUGCAGAUAGAGAGCAAAGAAAACCAUUGGAAUGGUGUAUGAUUACUGUCAUGUUUGAAAUUUGAAAUUAAUAUAUUAUAGUUUUAAUAUUUUCUCCAUAUAGAUUCAAAAGAUUCAAAAUUUUUUUUUUACAUAUU